UGGAAGUUUGGUCACCUACAGUUGUAUGCUGUGGUGUUUGUUUAUCUCUCAAGUCAGCAAGCGGUUCGGUCCGGAGCAGAUACCUCAAACUUAGAUAAAUAAUAUAGAUUUUGACCGAGACUGAAGUUGUCAGAAAAUGGCGACCGGAAAUGAAAGCAUUGUUCCGGAACAGGAACUACACGACUUCGUUGUACGUUGUAUGGAGGCUGUAGGAACAAACACGGAACAUGCCGACGUCCUGGCGGAUCUAAUCGUGGCAGCCGACACCAGGGGGCACUACAGUCACGGACUCAAUAGAUUAGAUAUGUAUGUUAACUCAAUAAAAACCAAAACAACGUCAGACGGCCAAGGGAAGAAUCCACAGAUCGUAAAACAGACCGUGGCCACUGCAUUGGUGGAGGGAAACAACAUUCUGGGACCUGCGGUAGGAAAAUUUGCUAUAGACCUGGCAAUACAGAAAGCAAAAGAAGCAGGCAUAGGGUUUGUAACUGUUAAAGGAUCAAACCAUUUUGGAAUUGCCGGAUGGUAUGGUAUAAGAGCAAUGGAACAAGGCUUAAUUGGAAUGGCUUUUACAAAUACCUCCCCAUUGCUAGUACCAACCAGAGCAAAAAAGGUAACUCUUGGGACCAAUCCUAUAUGUCUAGCAGCCCCUGCAAAAGAUGGCGAUGAUUUUGUGCUGGACAUGGCUACCACUAGCGUAGCACUUGGAAAGAUAGAGUUGCAGGAAAGAAAGGGUGAAUCGAUGCCAAAUGGCUGGGCUAUCGACAAAACAGGAAAAGAAACAAACGACCCAUCUGCCUACGCUGGUCUUCUACCACUCGGAGGAUCAGAGGAGAGCAGUGGAUACAAGGGGUACGGUUUAGCGAUGAUGGUAGAAGUACUAUGUGGUAUUCUCAGUGGAGCAAAAUUCGGUCCUAAUAUUCGUACCUGGAAAGACUUCGAGAAAGUUGCAAAUCUUGGUCAGUGUUUCAUUGCAAUAAAUCCGGAAGCCUUUGCUGAUGGUUUUUCUGAGCGAAUGAGUGACUUAAUGGACUACUGCAGACAAUUAGAGCCGGUAGAACCUGGAGUUCCCGUUAUGGUAGCCGGAGACCCUGAGCGGAACCAUGUAGAUCUCUGUAAACGCUUAGGGGGGAUUCCCUAUCAUCAGAACCAAAUCUCUUUUGCGGUAAUUAUAUGUUCAAAAAUGGCUAUGGCGGGUAAGCUCAUUGUACCCGAGAAGGAUGUUCAUAGCUUCAUCAUUCGUUGUCUGGAAGCAAUUGGAACAAACACGGAACAUGCCAAAGCGUUAGCAGACGCCCUGACAUGCGCAGACACGAGGGGAAUAUACAGCCAUGGCUUAAGCAGAAUUGGGUUGUACGUGAAAUGUUUGGAAAAUAAGGCAAUAUCUGACGGACAGGGUGUCGAACCAACCAUAGUCAAAGAAAACAUAUCCACGGCUCUCGUGGACGGCAACAACAUUCUUGGCCCAGCCAUCGGCAAGUUUGCAAUGGAUCUAGCAAUGAAGAAAGCAAAGCAUUCUGGGAUAGGACUGGUCAGUGUCAGAGGGUCCUCCCAUUUUGGAAUUGCUGGAUGGUAUGGUCUUCAAGCGAUCGAAAAUAGAAUGAUUGGCAUGGCGUUUACAAACACCUAUUCUAUGCUGGUAUCGACAAGAUCCAAAGAGAUGGUUUUAGGAACAAACCCGAUUUCCCUCGGGGCACCGGCAAAUGAGGGUGAUAGCUUUGUCCUAGAUAUGGCCACCACCGCUACUGCCCUCGGAAAGGUUGAAUUAAAAGGAAAGUUAGGGCAGACAUUACCAGGAGGCUGGGCUAUAGACCAUGAAGGAAAGGAGACGAGAGAUCCUAAAGCGUUCCAUGGCUUGUUGCCGCUAGGUGGAUCUGAAGAAAGCGGUGGUUACAAAGGGUAUGGUUUGUCAAUGAUGGUCGAGAUUCUGUGUGGUAUACUCAGUGGUUCGGCCUUUGGCUUAAACACCGGAAAUUGGAAGAAAGGGGAAGGAGCCGUCAACUAUGGACAGUGCUUUAUAGCCAUAGAUCCGGGUAACUUUGCCGACGGAUUCACGGACAGACUGACGGAGCUCAUUGGCCAGUGCAGGGACGUGGAACCGUUGAACCCUGACAACCCUGUGUUGAUACCGGGGGAUCCCGAGAGAGGGCACGCCAAGCUUUGUACAGAACUGGGAGGAAUCCCUUAUUCACAGGAAACGUUCACUAAUGCGAAUGACAUUGCCAAACGACUUGGAGUUGAACCACUGAAAGCAAAGACCGGUUAAAUGACUGAUUAUAGGCGCAUCAGCUGUGAUUUCUUUUUGUUACCCUAAUGAAUAUAAACAGUAAAUAUUUUUCAACAAAACGCGAGUUGUCUUUCCUUU